ACAAACCCUAUUCAUCCUUCGGCUGACACUUCUAUCACAGCUUUGCCUACAACUUAUCAUCAAGAUUCAUUCGGUACCAAGUCGGAAGCUUCUCUAGCCUCGUCGACCGAUGCUUCGCCUCGACGACGGAAUAAGCACCUCAAGGGCGAUAUCUUGAAGAAGACUCGCCAACCAGGCUCCACAAAGCCUCAAGUUUCUGGAACAACUACUCUGUCAAUUGGAUCCUUAGGAAUUGAAAUUGGCACUCUAGAAGGGGGGGCUGUGAGAUUUGAGGAUGAACGAUCAAAUAUGGACGAUGGAGAGGAGGAUGAGGAAGAGGAGGAUGACGAAAGAGGCAGUGAUGGGAGUAGUUGCUGUCCACUAUUAUCAAUGCAACGGCCAUCUGGUACAGAUCCGAUCUCGUUCAUUCACAUCGAUCUCCCUCUAUUCCCACUAUCGGCAUUUGUUCCUAAUGCAUUCCACGAACUGCCUCUUCCUUUGGUGUGA